CCUGCCCGGGCGCCCCGCAAGGGCGAUGGCGGCCGCGGCGCUGCUGCUGCUCCUGCUGCUCCUGCUGCCGCCGCUGGCGGCGCUGCUGAGGCGAGGCGCGGGGCGCUGGGGGGCGCUGCACCUGCUGCACCCGCAGGGGGCGCUGCACCUAAGCCGCCUGGCGCGGCGGCGCGGGCCGCUGCUGCGCAUGCGCUUGGGGGGGCGCGACGUACUGGUGCUGAGUUCGGCGGGGAUCAUACGGGAGGCACUGGUCCGGCACUGUGGGGACUGGCUGGGGCGCCCCCCCAGUUACCUGGGGUCACUGGUGUCGCAUGGAGGCCAGGACCUGGCGUUGGGGGGCCCAUGCCCUGGCUGGCGGCAGCAGCGGGGAGCAGCCCGGGGGGCACUGGCACGGGCUGGGACACAGCUCGGGCCCCUCCUUUGGCUGCAGGGCCAGGAGUUGUGUGAGGAGCUGCGUUCCCAUGGGGGAGCCCCCCUGGACCCUUCUGAGGUGUUCACGUUCCACACUUGCAGCACCAUCGCACGCCUCCUCUUCGGGGACCUGGUGCCCCCCCCAGGGGAACUCCGGGCCUUCUCCUGCUGUCUGGGGGAGCUGCUGCAGGUUUGGGGGCGCAGCACUGUGCGGGCUCUUGAUCUGCUGCCCCCACUGCGGGCCCUACCCAACCCGGGGCUGCGGGAGCUGCUGCGGCUUGUCCAACACCGUGACGCCUUUGUGGAGGCCCAGAUCCGGCGGCACCAGGAGUGUCCCUCCCCCCCCUCAGACACAGUUUUGGGGGCACUGCUGGGGCGUGAUCCCGGAGUGCAGGGGGCUCCCCUGAGCCCCCUCCGGCUGCACAUGGCGCUGGUCGACCUGUUCAUCGGGGGCACCGAGACGACAGCGGCUGCACUGGGCUGGGCUGUGGCCUUCCUGCUGCACCGCCCUGAGCUGCAGGCGCGGCUGCGGGCGGAGCUCAGGGGGCUACAGGGUCCCCCCGGGCCAGGGGACACGGGACGCCUGCCCCUCCUUCAGGCCACCGUUAGUGAGACCCUGCGGCUGCGGCCUCCCGCACCCCUGGGGCUGCCUCACUGUGCCCUGCGCCACACCAGCCUCGGAGGGCUCCCCAUAGUGGCUGGCACCAUCCUGGUCCCCAACCUGCUGGCAGCCCAGCAGGACCCUGUCAUCUGGCAGCAGCCCGAGGCCUUCCUGCCUGAGCGGUUCCUGUCCCCGGGCGCUCCGUGGCGGUCGCUGCUGCCGUUUGGCUGCGGGGCACGAUCGUGCCCGGGAGAGGCGCUGGCGCGGGCCGAGCUCUUCGUGUUCCUGGGGCUGAUCCUGCGAGAGUUCCGGCUGGAGCCGGGCCCGGAGGGACUGCCGGGACUUGGGGUGUCACCAGGAACCGUGCUGCGCUGCCCCCCAUUUCAUCUGCGCAUGGUGCCUUGCCAGCCCCCGGGCUCACCAUAACCCUGGCCUGGCCCCUGCGUGACUUCCUGAACACUCUGUGACUCACCCAACCCUUUCUGACCCUUUCGGAACAUACCUGACCCGUAUGUGACACCGCCUGAACUGGCUGACCUCGGCCCCUUGACUGACCCCACCUGACCCCGGCCUGACCCUGAUCCCUCCUUGGCCUGGCUGUGAGCCUGGUCUGACCCCUGCCAGCCCUUGGCCUCACCUUGACACCAACCAUGACCCCGGCUGUGACUCUACCCAACCCCUUCUGACCCAGUCUGAACCCUGCGUGACCCCAUCCCUACCCACUUGACGGUUACUAAUUACACCUGACUCCACCUGAUCCCCCCGUCCCCUCCUGACCCCUGGGUCCCCCCUAUUCAACACCCCAGACGCUUGGGUCCCCCUCACCCGAUGCCAGGGUCACUGCAGUGGGAGGGGGUCACUGGCAGCAUUUACCUCCUUCCAAUAAAAGUUAUACUUUUGACCCCA